GGGGACACUUUCUUACACAAAAUGUUGUGUUUAGGAGAUUCCACUGACUGCCUGAGGGAGCAUAUGCAGUCCAUGAUGAGGUCCUUGCAGGACUUGAAGGAGAUAAGCAGGCCGAGGCCACUGAGUGAGCCGUGCGUCCGGUCGUUCGCCGUCACCAGGCUCUGUAAGCAGCGGGCGCAGCAGGAGCGACUCACCCGUCUCCGUGUUUCUGACGCCAGCGAGGCCAGCACUUACGACUCUGCCUGCUGCCUGGCCGGCCCCCUGGAAGAAGAGCAGGAGCCGCAGGAGCACGAGCGGCUGGCACGAGGCUCCCCCAGCAGUGACAAGAGCGCGGACGUUGACUCAGGCUACUCUGAGGCUUCCUGGCAGGAUGAAGGUGUGGUGCUGAGAAGGACCAGAAACGUACGAGUCUCAUCUUCUGCUUGCGUCCGCACAAACAGAGGACCCUCCGGUCGCAUCCGACCCAAAUCAACCUCGGAUGCUUGCCUGGAGCGCUGGACUUCUUUUGAAGCCAGUGAUACGGAGGACUGGACGACAUCACUGCUGAGCCGCAGCAGGAACAGACAGCCCCUGGUUCUUGGGGACAACAGUUUUGCUGAUCUGAUAAAGAACUGGAUGGACCUACCAGACUGCCCCGAGGCAACAGACCAUAAGCCCAGUUCAGGCCGGUGGCUUGCAAAGGAAAUUUUUGGUAACAUGCGCCGGAGGCUGGCAGGGAUGUCUAAAGGUGUGGAGAACAGGCCGAGACCAACAGACUCCAAAAGGCUCAGCAGGGCUGCAGACGCCCCCCAACGCAUGUCCUGUCCUGUGGGACUCGAGGCUCUAAAGCCUUUCUUUCACCAGUCUCACACAGGACUGCAUCAGGUGGACAAUGACUUCCACCAGUUCACUGCUCUCAUGAAGACUGGCAGCCGACAGCCCAUCAUAUGCAACAAUAUAAUUGGAUAUAUUUGAGUGUGAUGACACCUACAGACUUUUUUUUUUUUAUUUUGACACAAAUAUUGACUAUUUUAUUGUAAAUGUUGAUCUUUCUGGGAUAAAAGUAAAUUUUUUUUGUACUAUAUUUAAUGUAAAUAUGCUCCGUCAUAGCCAAAGUGUGGCCAGUGCUGAGUGUUGUAAUAUUAUUGAAAAAAAAGAUUAAAUUGUUUUUGCCAUGUUUUGGUAUUGAACCUUAUUCAUUCCAAAGGGUUUAAUCAUUUUCCUAA